AUGAAGGUGGCAUGGGGAAGAGGAGGCGAGCUGCUAUCCUCCUUGCGUGUAACUUUUGAGUCGACUCAAGAGCUGCUAUCCUCCUUGCGUGUAACUUUUGAGUCGACUCAAGAGCUGCUAUCCUCCUUGCGUGUAACUUUUGAGUCGACUCAAGAGCUGCCAUCCUCCUUGCGUGUAACUUUUGAGUCGACUCAAGAGCUGCCAUCCUCCUUGCGUGUAACUUUUGAGUCGACUCAAGAGCUGCCAUCCUCCUUGCGUGUAACUUUUGAGUCGACUCAAGAGCUGCCAUCCUCCUUGCGUGUAACUUUUGAGUCGACUCAAGAGCUGCCAUCCUCCUUGCGUGUAACUUUUGAGUCGACUCAAGAGCUGCUAUCCUCCUUGCGUGUUACUUUUGAGUCGACUCAAGAGCUGCCAUCCUCCUUGCGUGUAACUUUUGAGUCGACUCAAGAGCUGCCAUCCUCCUUGCGUGUAACUUUUGAGUCGACUCAAGAGCUGCCAUCCUCCUUGCGUGUAACUUUUGAGUCGACUCAAGAGCUGCCAUCCUCCUUGCGUGUAACUUUUGAGCCGACUCAAGAGCUGCCAUCCUCCUUGCGUGUAACUUUUGAGUCGACUCAAGAGCUGCUAUCCUCCUUGCGUGUUACUUUUGAGUCGACUCAAGAGCUGCCAUCCUCCUUGCGUGUAACUUUUGAGUCGACUCAAGAGCUGCCAUCCUCCUUGCGUGUAACUUUUGAGUCGACUCAAGAGCUGCUAUCCUCCUUGCGUGUUACUUUUGAGUCGACUCAAGAGCUGCCAUCCUCCUUGCGUGUAACUUUUGAGUCGACUCAAGAGCUGCCAUCCUCCUUGCGUGUAACUUUUGAGUCGACUCAAGAGCUGCCAUCCUCCUUGCGUGUAACUUUUGAGUCGACUCAAGAGCUGCCAUCCUCCUUGCGUGUAACUUUUGAGCCGACUCAAGAGCUGCCAUCCUCCUUGCGUGUAACUUUUGAGUCGACUCAAGAGCUGCCAUCAUCGCCCCCACCCUUCUUCCCUCGGUGCAGCUUUGAGCUUCGAAUGAAGGUGGCGCUGGGAAGAGGAGGCGAGCUGCUGUCAUCCAUGCGUGUGCUCAACACUGACAGCAAGGCACUCUCCUUCACCUGCGCCCUGCACACAUACUUCCGCGUUUCAGACAUAAGGUGGGUGACUGUUGCUGCUGCCGUUGGUGGUGCUGCUGCUGUUGUCGGUAGUGUGAGUGACUGGUCCCUUCACCUGCGCCCUGCACACAUACUUCCGCGUCUCGAGAUCAGCGAGGUGCACAUACGAGGGCUGGAGGCGUUGGAUUAUUUCGACAACCUGGAUGCUCUCAAGAGAGUCACGGACCAAGGCGACUCCAUCGACUAUUGUGUCGCCUCAAUCGUUGUCUCACCGCCACUCAUGCUGACCUCCCUUUCGUCUCCCCUCUUCCUCCCCCUCUGCUCCCCCUCCGACCCCUCUCUGCGCCCUCUCCGCUCCCCUCCGCUUCUCCCCCCCCCCCUCCUCUUCCGCCUCUCCCCUCUGUGGCAGCGAGUCGUGUGGAACCCCUGGGAGAAGAAGGCACGGGCAAUGAGCGACAUGGGAGAGGGAGAGUACAAGCGGUUUGUGUUGGUAUGGAAUCCGUGGGAGAAGAAGGCAAGGGCCAUGAGCGACAUGGGAGAGGGAGAGUACAAGCGAUUCGUGUGUGUGGAGGCAGCAGCAAUCGAGAAGCCGGUGCAGCUGAAGCCGGGGGAGGAGUGGCGAGCCGGUCAAGAGCUGUCAGUGGUGCCUUCGUCGUACCACAGUGGACAGUUGGACCCUACCGUGGUUACAAGGGGUUAUUAG